AUGACCAUAGGCAAGAUCAUCUUCUACGAGGACAGGAACUUCCAGGGUCGUUCCUAUGAGACCAGCAGUGACUGUCCUGAGCUGACCUCCUACCUGAGCAGGUGCAACUCCUGCAGGGUGGAGAGCGGCUGCUUCAUGGUGUAUGACCGCUCCAACUUCAUGGGAAACCAGUACUUUGUCAGGAGAGGAGAGUACUCCGACUACCAGCGUAUGGGGAUGACCGACUGCAUCAGGUCUUGCCGUAUGAUCCCCAUGCACAGGGGACAGUUCAGGAUUAGGCUCUACGAUAAGGAGAACUUCGGAGGCCAGAUGCACGAGCUGAUGGACGACUGUGACAACAUGAUGGACCGCCUGCGCAUGUCCGACUGCCAGUCCUGCAACGUGAUGGACGGCCACUGGCUGAUAUACGAGCAGCCCAACUACAGAGGCAAGAUGAUGUACCUGAGGCCCGGAGAGUACAGGAGCACAAGGGAUAUGGGCAUGAGCAACGCGACGAGGUUCAGUUCCCUCAGGCGUAUCAUGGAAUCCUGUUAA